AUGACAGCAGUAUCGCUUGUCGGAGGUGCCCCGCGAGGCCUGGAUUUAGAAAUGAUCGCCGCGACGAAACCACGACUCAUGUUCCCAUCGACGACACUUCAAAUCGAUGGUUUGGAUCCGAACGCCGAGUAUCGCAUCUACCUAAAACUCGUCCGCUCUUCUUAUCGUUAUCAACUCAAAGAACAACGAUGGGUGUCUGAUAAGGUGCCGCAUCCGAAGGAAGACCUCGAGGAGAAGCCAAUUUUGAACAAGUAUCGACAACAAACUGGCGAAUUCUUUAUGAGAAACGGAGUGUCCUUUGAGAAUGCCAGAAUCUCGUUUAACAAAAUUCAAACGCGACGAUCGACGGACACAUUCUACGUUAGGAAGUACUUCAAGUACUCACAGCAAAUCCACGUGGAUCUUGUCCGGCCAGGAGACGGAAAUCGAUGCUGUAAAGUCUAUCCGAUCGUUGGCGGAGAGUUCGUCGCUGUGAGCCAUUUGGAAAGCUCCCGCAUGAGCCAGUACUACGCUAUCGGCUUCGAGAACAUUCGUCAGUUUGGGAAGAAAAGACAGCCAAAUUACAAGACUAGCCACAAAAUCCACCCGGUCAUCGUCAUGAAUCAUCCGUCGGAGCAUCCAUCCAACUUUUAUGGCUUCCAAAUUGAAGAUCCAGAUGAUAUGCCACCAACGAGACUAUUCGAUGGAAGUGUUGUCACACGGAAGCACGGGCGAACCUACUACUAUCCACCGGUCUGCCAAUAA